AUGGGUCCCCCGUCGACUGCGCCUGACUAUAGUAGUGCCAAAGAUGCAAAGGAUCUUUUGGAUAUGAUUGGGAAAGACGUGCACGACCAAGUGGAAAAGGAAGCUGCAGGACGUGGUGGGAGUGAGUUAAAAGGAUUGUUGUCACUAGCAAAAGGUUCUGGUGUGGAAUUAGCUGCCUUCCCAGAACCGUGCGGUCUUAUAAAAGAUAAAGGUGAUGAACUUCUUGGUGAUAGCGGUGAAAGGCAUCCGUGCGGAAAUACAACAGGAAAAGAAGAUGUAGACCGUUUUUCGGUUAAACAACAAGCAGAAUAUGAUAACAAAAAAAUGAAAUGUAGUUAUGGUAGUAAUGGUACGGAUGUUGGCGCCUGUGCACCAUAUAGACGAUUAUUUCUAUGUAACAAAAAUAUGGAAAAAAUGGGCAGAACGUCGACAACGAAGCAUGAUUUGUUGUUAGAUGUGUGUAUGGCAGCAAAUUACGAGGCACAGUCAUUAAUACGUUAUCAUGACAAACAUCAACUGACUAAUGAGGGUUCUCAAAUAUGUACCGUAUUAGCACGAAGUUUCGCAGAUAUAGGAGACAUUAUUCGCGGAAAAGAUCUAUAUCUUGGAAAAAAAAAAAAAAAAAAAACAGAAACAGAAAGAGAUCAAUUAGAAAGUAAGUUGAAAAAAAUUUUCGGGGAUAUAUAUAAUGAGUUGACGAAUGGGAGGAAUGGUGUAAAAGACCACUACCAAGAUGAUAAUGGCGGAAAUUAUUUUCAAUUACGAGAAGAUUGGUGGACGGCGAAUCGCGCCACAGUAUGGAAAGCCAUCACAUGUAAGGCGGACACUGGUAAUGCAUAUUUUCGACCAACGUGCAGUGAUAGUGAUGGUAAAGGAAGUUUUUCUCAAGCUAAUGACAAAUGCCGCUGUAAGGACAAAAAGGGCAAAAAUACCGACCAGGUCCCCACAUAUUUUGACUAUGUGCCGCAGUAUCUUCGCUGGUUCGAGGAAUGGGCCGAAGAUUUUUGUAGAAAAAAAAAAAUAUAUGUUGGAAUAGUUAAAACAUAUUGUCGUGAAAAAUAUAAAAGUGGUAAUGAACCAAGAUAUUGUAGCCGUAAUGGCUACGAUUGCACGAAAACUAAACGAGCUAUUGGUAAGUACCGUAUGGGUAAUCAAUGCAUUAGCUGUUUGUAUGCAUGUAAUCCUUACGUUGAUUGGAUAAAUAACCAAAAAGAACAAUUUGACAAACAAAAACAAAAAUAUGAUAAAGAAAUAAAAAUAUAUAAAAAUGGAGCAUCAGGUAUUAGGAGGCAAAAACGAGGUACAACUACUAAGUAUGAAGGGUAUGAAAAAAAAUUUUAUGACAAACUUGAAAAAAAUAACUAUGGAACCGUUGGUGAAUUUUUGGGAUUAUUAAAUAAUGAAAAAGCAUGCAAAGAAGUUAAAGAUGGAGGAACAAUUGAUUUUAAACAAGUUAAUAGUACUAGUGGUGGAACCGCUGUUAGUGCUAGUGGUGCUAGUAGUACUAGUGGUGGUAGUGGUGCUGCUAGUGGUGGUACUAGUGACACUAGUGGCACUAAUAAUGCAAGUCAAGGAACAUUUUAUCGAUCGGAAUAUUGCCAACCCUGUCCUCAUUGUGGAGUGAGAAAGGCAAAUAAUGGAAAUUUUGUGAAGAAAAGUGACAGUGAACAAUGCAAGAAUAUAAACCUUUAUAGGCCUAAAAAACCCGAAGAAGGUACUAAGAUUGAAAUCCUUAAAAGUGGUGAAGGAGAAACAGAAAUAAAAGAAAAAUUAGAGCAGUUUUGCCAAACACAAAAUGCUACUGGUGGUGUUGCAAAUGGUAGUGGUAGUGGCACUAGUGGUAGUCAGAAACUGUAUGAAGAUUGGAAAUGUUAUAACGAUGUAGAGAAAGAUGGUCAGGAUGGUGUGGAUGACGAUGACGACCUGGAAUAUGACCGAUUGGUAAAUAGUUCAGGCGGAUUAUGUAUAUUGCAAAAGAAGAACGGCGAAGAAAAUGGGAAAAAGCAAAAGACAUACAAUGAUUUUUUUAAUUUUUGGGUGGCACAUAUGUUGAAGGAUUCCAUACAUUGGAGAACAAAGAAAAUUAAAGGAUGUUUAAAAAAUGGCAAGGCAAUAAAAUGUACAGAUAAGUGCAAAGGUGAUUGUAAAUGUUUUGAAAGAUGGGUUGAACAAAAAAGAGAAGAAUGGACGAACAUAAAAGAACAUUUUGGAAAACAAACAGAUAUUCCAACGGGCUUGACUCCUGAUGCUCUUCUUGAAGGUGUUUUGGAGAAAGGGGUACUUUUGACAAGUAUUAAAGAGGCUUAUGGGGAUGCAAAAGAAACAGAACACAUUAAGCAACUGUUGGAUGAAACAGCAGUAGCAGGUGGUGUUGUUGUUGGUGCCAAGGACAAUACCACAAUUGAUAAAUUGCUCGAACAGGAAUUAAAAGACGCCAACAGAUGCAAAAACUGUGAACAACGAAAACCACCCGGCGAAGAAGGCGGUGCCGCUCGUAAUCUACCAGGAGUUGACACCACUGUUGAUGACGCCAACGAAGACGACUUGGACGACGAAGACGACGAAGACGAAGACGAUGACGGCGGCGGCAGUGACGUCGGCGGCAGUGACGUCGGCGAAGUCGAGGAGGAAACGGCAAAGGAGGCAACAGAGGAAACAACCACACCACUGGACGUCUGCAACACAGUGAAAACCGCACUCGAGGGCGACUUAGGUGAAGCUUGUAGACAGAAGUAUGAAUAUGGCCGCGAAAAAUUCCCCAAUUGGAAGUGCAUAAGUGGCGACAACACACGUGGUAGUGAGAGUGAAAGUGCCGGUCCCUCACGUUCCAAACGUCAUACCGAAAGUAGUGAUAGUGCCGUUACAGCCACUGGUAGUAGUGGUGAAGCCACUGGCAAAAGUGGUGAUAAGGACGGUGCCAUAUGUGUACCACCCAGGAGGCGAAAACUAUACCUUGGUGGUUUCAAACGAUUGACAGACGGCACCGCGGUGUCGAGUGAAGCCACUCAGGCGGGAACUCCGUCGCAGUCACCAAAAGGUGACGCGCUCCUCCUUACCGCCUUCGUGGAAACGGCCGCUGUGGAAACUUUUUUCUUAUGGCAUAAGUAUAAACAAGAGAAGAAGAAACCAAAAAAUGAAGUGGGAGGUGCAGCGGGAGUACUACAAACCAUCGGCGGUACCCUUGAAAAUAGUGGUGAACAAAACCCCCAAAAGAAAUUACAAGAAAGUGGAGAAAUACCUGAUGAUUUCUUACGUCAGAUGUUUUAUACUUUAGGGGAUUAUAGGGAUAUUUUAGUACGUGGUGUUGCUGACGACAAAAACGGUGGCAACAACAUAAUACUUAAUGCGAGUGGUAACAAGGAGGAUAUGGAGAAAAUGAAGAAAAUACAACAAGAAAUAGAUAAAAUUCUAGAAAAAAGUGGUAGCGAAGCUGCUAGUGGUGCACAAAAAAAUAGUGGCAUAUCACGUGAAAAAUGGUGGGAUAAACACGCCCCUUCCAUUUGGGACGGGAUGGUUUGUGCACUGACAUACAAUACAGACACAGCGAGUGGCACAGCACCAACACAAAUUCAGGAAGUGAAAAAUGCACUUUUGGAUGGAGAAGGCAAAAAACCCAAACAAAACGGCACAAACGGCAAGGACUACACGUAUGGAGGUGUCAGACUUGAAGAUGAAAAUAGUGGUACACAAGCCCUUUCCCCCAACGCUCCCGCCUCCACCGCCUCCCAAACCACCCAAUCCUCAUCCACUAGUGAAAACACCCCCACCACCCUCACCAACCCCAAAUUAAAAGAUUUCGUGUUACGCCCCACCUACUUCCGAUACCUUGAAGAAUGGGGUCAAAAUUUUUGUAAAGAGAGGAAGAAGAGGUUAGACCAAAUUUAUAGAGAGUGUAAGGUGGAUGAAGAUGGUCCGCGUGAUGGUAAAAAAUGUAGUGGUUAUGGGGAGGAUUGUAAAGAUAAUCUUAGUAAAAAAUAUGAUACACUUCCGUCUUUAGAAUGUCCUGGUUGUGGAAGACAUUGUAGUUUUUAUAAAAAGUGGAUAAAAAUAAAAAAAGACGAAUAUGAGAAACAACAAAAGGCAUAUAAUGAACAAAGAACAAAUUACACAAAUAAAAAUAAGGUUUCUGAAAGUAAUAACCAUGAUAAAGAAUUUUGUACAAAUCUAGAAACAAAGUACACUGACGCUGCAAACUUUUUACAAAGGUUAAAAGACGGACCAUGUAAAAAUAACAGUGAAGAGGAUCAAAAAGUAAACGGUUACAUAAAAUUUGAUGAUAUAAGUAAAGAUAAAACGUUUGGACAUGAGAAUUAUUGUGAUCCAUGUUCGAAAUUUACUGUUAAUUGUAAUAGAAAUGAUCAUUGCGAUAAUUCUAAUGGAAAUAAUUGCAAAGAUAAUAAGAUUACUGCAGAAAAAAUUGGAAAUGGAGUGGAUUCUACUGUACUAGAUAUGCGUGUCAUUGAUGACAGUGCAACGGGAUUUAAAGGUGAUGGUUUAGAGGAGGCUUGUGGAAGUGCAAAUAUUUUUAAGGGUAUUAGAAAAGAACAAUGGAAAUGUGGCAAGGUAUGUGGUUAUAAUGUAUGUAAACCGAAAGAAGGAAAUAGGGAAACCGUCAGAGGGGAAAAAAAUGACGACAAACACAUUAUAACAAUUAGAGCUUUGGUUACACAUUGGGUACAAAAUUUUUUAGAAGAUUAUAAGAAAAUUAAACAUAAAAUUUCACAUUGUACGAAAACUGAUCAAGGAUCCACAUGUCAAAAUAAAUGUCAAAAUAAAUGUAAAUGUGUUGGAGAAUGGAUAAAGUUGAAACAGCAAGAAUGGGAAGAAAUAAAAAAACGUUUCUUGAAUCAAUAUAAAAUGGAUUCCGAUGAAUAUUACCCAGUGAGAAGUGUUUUGGAGACCUUCUUAGUUCAAAUUGGUGCUGCAAACGCUAACAAUGAUGUUAAAAAGUUAAUAAAAUUAAGUGAGUUCUAUAAAUCUUGUGGAUGUAGUGCCAAGACGAACUCAGAAAAUAAUAAAAACGAGGAUGCUAUAGAUUGUAUGCUUGACAAGCUUGGCAAAAAAGCAGAAAAGUGUCAUGACCAACAUAGCGACAAUCCACAAGAAAAAUGUGAUGAACCCCCCCCUGAACUCGAUGAAGAGGACUUACUCCUUGAAGAAGAACAAAACCCAAAAAAUAUGCGACCGGGAUUUUGUCCGCAAAACGAUACAACAGAACAACAAGAGGAAGAAGAAAACAUUUGUACACCAGCAGAAACUGUUAAAAAAGAAGAAGAAGAAAAAGAAGAGCAAGAAGAAGAAGAACCAGACGAAAAAGUCCCUCCACCCCGGGCACCGGAGGCCUCGAAACCAAAAAAAGAAAAACCGUCACAACCCCCACGACCACGACGAACCCUCGAACUCUUGGAUAAUCCCCACGUUCAAACCGCCCUGGUGACAUCCACCCUCGCCUGGAGCGUUGGCAUCGGUUUUGCUGCGUUCACUUAUUUUUAUCUAAAGAAAAAAACCAAAGCAUCUGUUGGAAAUUUAUUCCAAAUACUGCAAAUACCCAAAAGUGAUUAUGAUAUACCUACAUUGAAAUCAAGCAAUCGUUAUAUCCCCUAUGCAAGUGAUCGAUAUAAAGGAAAAACAUAUAUUUAUAUGGAAGGAGAUAGUAGUGGUGAUGAAAAAUAUGCAUUUAUGUCUGAUACUACUGAUGUAACUUCCUCAGAAAGUGAGUAUGAAGAAUUGGAUAUUAAUGAUAUAUAUGUACCAGGUAGUCCUAAAUAUAAAACAUUGAUAGAAGUGGUACUUGAACCUAGUGGUAACAACACACCAACUAGUGACAUACCUAGUGAUAUACCAAAUAGUGACACACCACCACCCAUUACUGAUGAUGAAUGGAAUCAAUUGAAAAAAGAUUUUAUAUCUAAUAUGUUACAAAAUACACAAAAUACGGAACCAAAUAUUUUACAUGAUAAUGUGGAUAAUAAUACCCAUCCUACCAUGUCACGUCAUAAUAUGGACCAAAAACCUUUUAUUAUGUCCAUACAUGAUAGAAAUUUAUUUAGUGGAGAAGAAUACAAUUAUGAUAUGUUUAAUAGUGGGAAUAAUCCAAUAAACAUUAGUGAUUCAACAAAUAGUAUGGAUAGUCUAACAAGUAACAACCAUAGUCCAUAUAAUGAUAAAAAUGAUUUAUAUAGUGGUAUCGACCUAAUCAACGACGCACUAAGUGGUAAUCAUAUUGAUAUAUAUGAUGAAAUGCUCAAACGAAAAGAAAAUGAAUUAUUCGGGACGCAACAUCAUCCAAAAAAUAUAACGUCUAACCGUGUCGUUACCCAAACAAGUAGUGACGACCCUAUAACCAAUCAAAUAAAUUUGUUCCAUAAAUGGUUAGAUAGGCAUAGAGAUAUGUGCGAAAAGUGGAAAAAUAAUCACGAACGGUUACCCAAAUUGAAAGAAUUGUGGGAAAAUGAGACACAUAGUGGUGACAUAAAUAGUGGUAUACCUAGUGGUAACCAUGUGUUGAAUACUGAUGUUUCUAUUCAAAUAGAUAUGGAUAAUCCGAAAACAAUGAAUGAAUUUACUAAUAUGGAUACAAACCCCGACAAAUCUACUAUGGAUACUAUAUUGGAUGAUCUAGAAAAAUAUAACGAACCCUACUACUAUGAUUUUUAUAAACAUGAUAUCUAUUAUGAUGUAAAUGAUGAUAAAGCAUCUGAGGAUCAUAUAAAUAUGGAUCAUAAUAAGAUGGAUAAUAAUAAUUCGGAUGUCCCCACUAACGUACAAAUUGAAAUGAAUGUCAUUAAUAAUCAGGAGUUACUACAAAAUGAAUAUCCUAUAUCGCAUAUGUAG